CCACAUUUCACACUACAGCACACACUAAGUCACGGAGAUGACCAGCGCAAAUCACCCCAGGUUCCGCCUCCUGAUUGGCUGGUGCUGCCUGAUGAGCUCAGUUCUUCUGAUAAUAACUGUAUAUCUUAUAUAUAAUAAAGGUAUACCACCAAAGACAGGACAGAAUGCAAAGUCUGAAAAAAGCACGGCUGGAAACGAAGUUCCAAAUUCAUCAGCAAUCGAUGACAAGACUACCCAACAAAUAGGUCAUCCUUCUGGUUCAUUCUCCAACGACUAUAUGCAUCUCAUCAGAGACCCCACAGAAAUCUGGAUAUGCCACCCGUGUAAAAACACCUCCUUUUCCCAAAAGAACAGCACUGUCGAAAUUACAAUCAGUGGUCUAUACUAUUUCCACGCCCAGGUCACCUUUUCACACGAUAAUAUUCAAGGGACUGUUAUUUUGCGCAAGAACAAAGGUCCCGGGAUAAAAAACAGAAUCCUGAGUAGGGUCAAGCAAUAUGGAACAGCGACAAUGAUCCAUCUGGUCGAGCUGAAAGAGGGAGACAGCAUCAGCCUUGAGAUAGAUCCUAUCAACAGCAUAUCAGAACAAGAUUACGAUACUUACUGGGAAAUUAUCUUUUUUAAUAACAAAUAACAAACAAGUCUAAAUCUUUCAGAUUCUUCAAUGGGGAUUUAAAGUGCAAACCUUGAUUUAGGGUUUAAAGGAACAGUUUGUUAUGCCUUAAAGAAUUACAAGACUCACAUUUCAGUGUUUUGUCACCUCAUAUUGAGUCAAGUGAUUCUCCUGAAGGAUUAAAACUGUCUGUAUUUAUAUUUACCAAAGUAAAUGGUAAAAGAUGUCUGUAUGGUUAGUUCUCAAGCCCAUUAUGGGUUUCAAAAGGGAUAUUUUCAUAUUUUGUGUGUGUUGAAACAUUUAUAGAGUUUAAUUUUAUAUUAUAUGACAUUUUUUAGAGAAAUGUUUUGAGAUUUAUUAAGACAUUACAAUUUAAAUGGUUUAUUGGUUAUUUGUGUAUAAUAUUUUAAUUGUAUUUAAUUUCUUUUUUUUUAAGUGCUGUUAAUGUUCAGGAAUUUCUUAAUUUAAUACAAAAAUCAUGAUGAACAGUUGUCGACACAAUCAGUUGAAAUGAAGUAUUUUUUUUCUAAAUAAUUUAUUUGUAAACUUCUCUGUAAGCUAUAUAAAAAUAAAAGUCAAU